CGGCGAGUCGCGACGCUUCCGAUUCGAUCGGUUCGCGUUCCCCGGCGUCGGACAGACAGCCUUCACGUCGUCUACACGUCGACGCCUCAGCUUCUCCUCCCCACCCCGCCACUCCCCGCCGGCCGCCGGUCUUCUCCGCGAGAGGAGAGAUUCUUCGAUUCCCUCGUCGCCAGCGGUUUCGCGUUGCCGCGUUCGUCUCCUUGGCAUCUGAUCCUAUUCCCCUCUCCGCGCACGUCGGGUUUCCCCCCCGUGGACAACGCAACCGACCGACCAAGCUGCGGACAGCGCCGUCUCUGCUGUCUCUCUCUGUAUGCUUCCCUUCCUCCUCAAGCUGGGCCUCGGUGGUCGGUGGUUAGGUGAAGCGAGCCCGGUAGGCAGUAGUCCACCCACCGGCAGGUUCUUGCUCCUCCUCCUCAGCCGCUGCCGGAUUUGAGAUGAGAUGAGAUGAGGAGGCGCUGGGGGUGCCUCUCCUCCCUGUGCCGCCCUCGCCGGGGUGGACGCGCGGCGGCGGCCCCGCUCCCGCAGCCAGAUCCACCGCGUCUCGAGUCCAAGGAAGUAGAGGAGCACGGCGCUUCCGAUAAAGUUGUCAUGGAGAACAUUCUGUCAAACAAUGAUUUUUCGGAAGGUCUACAUUUGUGGCAUCCUAAUGGUUGCCAUGGAUUUGUGGCUGUUGAAGGAUCAGGUUAUCAUCAUGGAAUAAGGCCUCACUCAGGGUCAAAUUAUGCCGUACUUACUCGUCGCACACAUAAUUGGCAAGGGCUUGAGCAGGACAUAACAGAAAAGGUCACUGUUGGUACUGAGUACAUUGUUGCUGCCCAUGUCAGAGUCCAUGGUGAACUCAAUGAGCCUGUUGGAAUUCAGGCCACUCUAAAACUUGAGGGCGAUGGUUCUUCUACGAACUAUCAAUCAGUUGCAAGGAUCUCAGCAUCAAAAGACUGUUGGGAGAAGUUGGAAGGUUCAUUUGAACUAAAAACUCUACCAAGACGUUUGGUAUUCUACAUUGAAGGCCCCCCUCCUGGUGUAGACUUGCUCAUAGAUUCAGUCACCAUCUCCUACAAGAAAACAGAGCGGGCUGCAUCCAAACUGGUUAGUGGAACAGAAAACAUCAUUUCAAAUUAUGAUUUUUCGGAAGGCCUUCAUUUGUGGAACCCUAUCUGCUGUCAUGCAUAUGUGGCAUCUCAAUGGUCUGGUUUCCUUGAUGGUAUUAGAGGGAGCUCAGGAGAAAAUUAUGCUGUAGUUUCGAAGAGAACUGAAAGCUGGCAAGGUCUUGAACAAGAUAUUACAGAUAAAGUAUCUGCUGGUACUGCUUAUGCAGUAUCAGCCUAUGUUAGAGUUGAUGGGAAUAUCCAUACGAAAGUUGAAGUUAAAGCAACCUUGAGGUUGCAUAACACAGAUGAUUCAACGCACUACAGUCCAGUUGGAAGCCUGUUAGCUUCAAAAGAAAAGUGGGAGAAGAUGGAAGGAUCCUUUUGCUUGACAAAUAUGCCAAAACGUGUAGUAUUCUACCUGGAAGGACCUCCUGCUGGCGUGGACCUUAUCAUUGAUUCCGUAAAUGUAACUUGCUCUGGAUAUCAGCAGUUAAAAGAAGUAAAAGUACCAAGUGGAGUUGAUACCAUCGUUAAGAAUCCUCACUUUGACGAAGGGUUAAACAAUUGGUCUGGAAGAGGAUGCAAUAUCUGUAGGCAUGAGCUUACUGCUUAUGGAAAUGUCAAGCCUCUAAAUGGCAGCUAUUUUGCUUCAGCCACUGGACGGGUCCACAAUUGGAACGGUAUCCAGCAAGAUAUCACUGGCAGGGUACAGAGAAAAGUUCUUUAUGAGAUAAGUUCUGCUGUCCGCAUAUUUGGGAGUGCCAAUGAUACAGAAGUCUGCGUUACUCUGUGGGUACAAGAAUAUGGCCGUGAGCGAUAUGUAAGCCUUGCAAAGAACCCGGCAUCUGAUAAGCAAUGGACACAUCUAAAAGGAAAGUUCCUCCUCCAUGCCCCGUUUUCAAAAGCUGUUAUUUUCGUAGAGGGGCCACCUGCAGGCAUUGAUAUUCUUGUUGAUGGCCUUGUCCUAUCUCCAGCAAGAAAACUCCAUGCUGCACCCCGCCCAAGAAUUGAGAAUGUUUCAUAUGGAGCUAAUGUAAUACAUAACAGUGCUUUCAGUCAUGGGCUUUCUGGGUGGAGUCCCAUGGGGUCAUGUCGAUUGAGUAUCCAUACUGAAUCACCCCAUAUGCUUUCUGCCAUCUUGAAGGACCCCUCAGCUAAGCAACAUAUAAGAGGUUCUUAUAUUCUUGCCACAAACCGCACUGAUGUGUGGAUGGGCCCUUCCCAGUUGAUAACUGACAAGCUUAGGCUGCACACCACUUACAGAGUUUCUGCUUGGGUACGUGCUGGGUCUGGAGGACAUGGACGUUACCAUGUAAAUGUUUGUCUUGCUGUAGAUCAUCAGUGGGUUAAUGGUGGGCAAGUAGAAGCUGAUGGCGAUCAAUGGUAUGAACUCAAAGGAGCAUUCAAGCUUGAAAAGAAGCCAUCCAAAGUUACUGCAUAUGUUCAGGGACCGCCUCCAGGUGUUGAUCUCAGAGUUAUGGGGUUCCAAAUUUAUGCUGUUGAUAGAAAAGCACGUUUUGAAUAUCUGAAGGAGAAAACUGACAAGGUAAGGAAGCGUGAUGUCAUCCUGAAGUUCCAGGGAUCAGAUGCUGCAAACCUUUUUGGUUCAUCUAUCAAGAUACAACAGACCGAGAACAGUUUUCCAUUUGGAUCAUGCAUAGGGAGAAGUAACAUUGAGAAUGAGGAUCUUGCUGAUUUCUUCAUGAAGAACUUUAAUUGGGCUGUAUUUGAAAAUGAACUGAAGUGGUACUGGACAGAGGCUGAACAAGGGAGACUAAAUUAUAAAGAUUCUGAUGAGUUGCUUGAAUUUUGCCGGAAACAUAACAUUCAAGUUCGUGGUCACUGCUUAUUCUGGGAAGUAGAAGAUUCAGUCCAGCCAUGGAUUCGAUCAUUACAUGGUCACCACCUGAUGGCUGCUAUACAGAAUCGUUUGCAAAGUCUGUUGUCAAGGUACAAAGGUCAGUUUAAACAUCAUGAUGUAAACAACGAGAUGCUUCAUGGGUCUUUCUACCAAGAUAGACUGGGAAAUGAUAUUAGAGCUCACAUGUUUAGGGAAGCACAUAAACUUGACCCUUCAGCAGUACUCUUUGUGAACGACUACAAUGUUGAAGAUCGAUGCGACUCAAAAUCUACACCAGAAAAAUUAAUUGAACAGAUUGUUGAUCUCCAAGAAAGGGGUGCUCCAGUUGGUGGGAUUGGCUUGCAAGGUCAUAUCACGCAUCCAGUGGGUGACAUCAUCUGCGAUUCCCUGGACAAGCUCUCCAUACUGGGUCUCCCUAUCUGGAUCACCGAAUUGGAUGUCACGGCUGAGAAUGAACACAUCCGAGCCGAUGAUCUGGAGGUGUACCUUCGCGAAGCCUUUGCGCAUCCUUCCGUGGAGGGGAUUAUCCUUUGGGGAUUCUGGGAGCUGUUCAUGUUCCGAGAACACGCUCACCUGGUUGAUGUUGAUGGAACGAUCAAUGAGGCUGGCAAAAGGUACAUUGCACUGAAGCAAGAGUGGCUAACCAGCAUUACUGGCAACGUGGAUCACCAUGGAGAGUUGAAGUUCAGAGGCUACCAUGGGUCAUACACGGUAGAAGUAGCAACGCCUUCAGGAAAGGACCCAAAGUUCAGAAACAGAAAUCAUUCAGAUCAGAAUUCAGAGAUGGGAACAAGCUUCAAUCUGUAUACAAGCAGACAGCUAGACCUGCUCCCACCCUGUGUCACCACGCGCGGGCGGCACAGGAGGCGAAACCUAGCCCUGCUGCCACCCCUUUCCCCCCUUCCCCCACCUCACCGAUGGAAAGCAGGGCGGCGAUCCAACAUGGUGGUGGUGGGGCCUAAUUGCGGCGGGAGCAGACGUGGCGCCGAGUAGCAUUGGCACUACAGGGGGACAGCCGGCGCGGUGCGAGGAUGCUCAACUGGCGGCGGCUGUCCGCGAGAGGCCACGUGGAAGCAUGCGGAGGCUGGUCGGGGGUCUCGGUGCAGCAGUGUCCACGCACUGACGGAGGAUAGCCGAAGGUGGAGCAAUGGAGCAUUAGCUGUGGAUCGACUAGGGGGCGGGAGGCGGGAGGCGGGUGUAAACCUAGCUCAGUCUUGCCAGACUAGCAACAACUGCGUUUCAAGCGCGUUUUUCCUCUUUGGGGCAUUAUCGAGUCGUCCCCUUUCUUUUGGUGGGGCUACUGAGUGUAAACCCUGUCUUGGUUCUCCCCGAGAUCUUGACGGACAGCGGUGUCAUUGCUCAUCGUCGCUCUUCUCCGUGGAGAUGUCAUCUAGGAGGUCCUUUUGCCAAAAAUUCUCUCAGACAGCUGGUGCAAGCUUUCUGAAGAUAUCUUGUCCUCUUGUGGCGCAAUCCUACCUUUUGCAAGUUGGCCAUGUUGGCUGGCCUUAGAGGAAAGAAUGAUCCAUUCUUUUCUGUCACUCUCUCCCCCUCAAUCUCAAAGGUAUGGCUAGAGUUGAGUUCGGUGCUUGGCUGCGUAUGGCUUGGUGUUAGGAGGUCUCGAUGUAGCUUCCUUGUUGGUCUAGUGGUAACCGGUCACGCUUAGCGGCAGCGGGUACAGUGCUAAUCUUCUCUUGGCUGUGUGUAGGUAUUGCCGAUGCGUGGUAGUGGUUUUUUUUUUAUUUCUUGGCUACUGCUUUUCAGGGGUUUUCCCUACUCUAUUCAAUGAACCAUUGUGCU